GAAGAAGAGAAACAACAACAACAUAGGCAACAGCGAACCUGGAACCAUUCUGUAGCGGAACCUUUAUGCCGGCCCUUCGACGUGAUGUUAGCUCGCAGUGUUUUGAUAACUGGUUCCAAUAGAGGAUUGGGGUUAGAAUUAGUGAAACAACUCGCCGCCCAUGAGAACCCCCCGGAAUUUAUUAUCGCCACUUGUAGAACGCCGGAUAAAGCUGAGGACUUGAAGAAUAUAUCCACUGAACACAGAAAUGUCCACAUUACCCAGUUAGAUGUAACAGAUGAAAGUAGUUAUGGUGGAUUAGUUAGUCAUGUUCAAGAACUUGUUGGGGGUAAAGGUUUGAAUCUGCUCAUCAACAAUGCUGGUUAUUCACCCAAGUCUACAAGAAUUAAUAUGGUCAAAUGGCAGCAGAUGUCUGACACAUUAUUGAUUAAUACCAUUGCUCCAUUGAUGCUCACAAAGGCUCUUCUUCCCCUCAUGAGCACAGCUGCUUCAGACUCAGCACAUGAUACAUUGAGUGUUAAGAGAGCUGCCAUUAUCAACAUAUCCUCCAUUUUAGGUUCAAUUGGAGCAAAUGAGCAAGGCGGCUUGUAUCCAUAUAGGGCAAGCAAAGCUGCCCUUAAUGCUGUUACCAAGUCUCUCAGCUUAGAUUUAAGGAGGCACAACAUUCUCGUCACAAGCAUACACCCUGGUUGGGUUCAAACUGAUAUGGGUGGGAAAAAUGCUCCACUCACACCUGAGGUCAGCAUUUCAGAAAUGAUCAAGACCCUGUAUGCUCUGAGUGAAAAUCAUAAUGGUGGUUUCUAUCAGUACAAUGGUGAAGCAUUGCAGUGGUGACCAAGGUUUUUAAAUUGUGUUGUUGUAGAUGCUAUGCGAGCCAGAUUUUUUCUUCUUUUUAGUUAUAUAAUGAUCCAGUUGUUCAAGGACAAAAUCUUGAUGAAAUUAGCAUACUACGUACUGAUAUGUUCCUUCCCUCUUUUGCAAAUUUAUGAUAAUGUUGUUACUAGUAACAGAAUGCAAAGGACUAAAUGGUAAGUUUGUGUGAUACGUUCCAGACAGCACUACAGAAUUAUAUAUAUUACUGAA